UAAUAUCUGAUAGUCUUCUAUUUCAGAUUAAACACUUCUUUCCCUAUCGAAUAAAAUAAUCUGGAUAGGCAAAUCGAACAAGGGCUGCAAUGGUGCAAUUCCGCAGCCUUGGUGCCAAUUUGUCAGGCCAACCCUACACUUCCCUACAACGAACAUCACCUGUGCAUUCGUCCCAUCGAAAUACGACCGGAAAAUUCCAUCAUCCUAGCGAGAAGAUACUCAAGAAAGCUCACCUACCACGACUCAGAGGAAAGCGAGUCCAAUAUAGAUGCCACUUAUAUUCAUGAUUACAACAGUCCGAUCCUCAGAAGAAAAAAUCCGCCGUCUUUAUCCAAGUCGAAGUCGGUUGACUGUCCGCACAAGACUGGAAAUACCAAUAGGUCAAUAGUGCAGACUACCAAAGUCACAUUCACGAAGUCUUCACCGAAUGUGAAUAAUAGCAGCCUGGAACAUAGAGGAGCGAGAGUGUCCAAGUUCUCGGCCAUUAUCAAGAAGCUAGACAAUAAAGCCGCAACUUUGCUGAAAGUGACUAAUAAGACUGUGGGACUAUGCAGCAAAAAUAGGGCUCCUAGUCGAAACUCUACUUAUAACAACAAUAAUAACAGUAUUUCGAUAAGUAAAUCUCUAUUAUCUCAGACCGGAGAUAAGGCGGUAUUCUCAAGUGCACUUAGUGAUAAUAGUAUUAGAGAGCCGCAUGUUUUCACUAAUAGCCCAACAAGCGAGUUAGUUCUAAGGAAACCUUUGUCGAACAACAACCCUGACAAUGUGACUAUCAACAGCCGAGAACAGCCAAGACAGAGAACUAACUACAGCCGGCCACCUGAAGAUUUGCUAAUAGCAAAUAAUGCUGAUGCGGAUUUGCCGAAUAAAAACAUCGUGACCGCGUUUAAAACCACUGACACUAAUAACGAAUCAAUCGCUGUGAUAUCUGCAAAUACGAACUUGGUGCAAUCGAAUGAACUAGACAGCAGAACCUCAGAAGUGCUUCAGAAUCCACCAGCUGCAAAAGACAAUUUCAAUUUUCGCAAAAUGUUGCUGAGCGGCUUAAGAAUGAAAGAACGAUUUGUGUUGUGCGCGAGUGUUAUUGCCGUGUUAUUCACGUUGAUGUUAAUAAUGGAUAUUCAGAUGGACUUGGGCCUGUCCAGGAAACAUCUGGUUCCUUCCCAUGGACGAAUUAAAACCGUCAUCAACGAAGAGGGUCCGGAAGCGGCAUAUCACAGUUUCAAAAAUCGCCUCUUGCAGAAAACUCACAG